AUGAAGCUCCUUUUGCUGAUUUUGGCUACUCUCCUGCUGUUGUCUCAGCUAACUCCAGGUGGCACCCAAAAAUGCUGGAAUCUUCAUGGCCAAUGCCGCCAUAGAUGCGCCAGGAAGGAAAAGGUCUACGUGUACUGCACAAAUAAUAAGAUGUGCUGUGUGAAGCCCAAGUAUCAGCCAAAAGAAAAGCCACGGCCAUUUUAA